CUCCCUUCAGUCCAGUCUCCAGUGAAGCCCAAAAUUGGCACAUGGUCCAAAAUUGAAAAUCCCAAAAUCGGUAGCAACCCCCCAAAGGCCAAAUCCCAAUUCCCGACCAUCUGCAGUCGCUGCCGGACGGCGCACGGCGGCUCAGGCGCUCAGCACUCGGACGGCGCACUGGCGGUUUAGAUUGUUGACUUUCUGCUCGGCUGCUCUAAUUGCUCUUAGGUGGUAAACUGAGACUCUGAGAGCUGCUCUUCGGUGGUAAUGAAGAGAUACUAUAACCCUGUUGAAGAAAAAGCUAACAGAAGUAGCUCAUCCAGAAUCAUAGUGCCCUCAACUACUGCCCCGUACGCCUGUGCCCCUUGCCCGCUCCCUAGUGCCGCUCUGCGCGCGGCUGCGCUGUCCCGCUUCCGCCCUUACCUGCUCGCUGAGUCGAUGGUCUUCUGAUUUUCAAACUUUCUCUCAGAAGCUUGUUCGUGCCACUACUGAAAGUAUUAGUAUUUAUUCGAAGGCAACAUAUGCAUUGCGAUGCUUGGGAGGCAAAGCUUGGCGGAAGCUUUAGGGGUGUGUGCCAAUAAUUCACUGAUAGUUCAGGGAAAGCUUGUUCAUGCCGCUACGCUGAGAAGAUUUUAUGGGUCUGAUUUAAUCAUAAACAAUUACCUCAUUGAUAUGUAUGCAAAAUGCAGUAGGAUAAUAAUGGCACAGAAUGUGUUUGAUAAAAUGCCCGCCAGAAAUGUAGUUUCAUGGACAGCUUUGAUGUGUGGGUAUUUACAGGUUGGCGCAGCAAAAGACACACUCUUACUUUUAUCUGAAAUGAUACAUUCAGAUGCACGCCCCAACGAAGUCACUUUCUCAACCAACUUUAAGGCAUGUGGGAUUCUGGGUGCCAUAGGACAGGGAAGGCAGAUUCAUUGCUUUUGUGGAAAGAGUGGGUUUGAAUGGAACCAAGUUGUUGGGAAUUCUUUAAUAGAUAUGUACGCGAGAUGCGGGAAAAUAGCUGAGGCUGAAAAUAUGUUUUUUGCAAUGCCUGAUAAAAGACAAAUUACUUGGAACUCUAUGAUAUCAGGAUAUGCACUUCAAGGAAUGGGGCAAAGAUGUUUAACCUUGUUCAAACAAAUGCAAGAGCACGGAGAAACGCCUGACAACUUCACCUUCGCAAGCACUUUGAAAGCGUGCACUUCUUUAAGAGCCAUCCGUGAAGGAAACCAAAUCCACGGUUUUCUGAUUGUUAGAGGACUCCCCAUUUACAACAACAAAGUCACUUCUGGUGCACUCAUUGACAUGUAUGCCAAAUGUGGAACCUACUUACUCGAAGCCCAAAAGGUUUUUGAUCUAGUGGAGCCAAAAAGCAUCCUUUCUUGGACUUCUCUAAUUAUAGGUUAUGCGCAACAGGGAAAUCUAAUGAAGUCCUUCGACUUGUUCAAAGAGCUUAGGGAGGAGAGUGAACUUCCCAUAGAUGAGAUUCUUGUGUCCAGCUUGAUGGGAGUUUUCGCUGAUUUUGCCCUUGUUGAGCCAGGGAAACAGUUGCACUCUUACUCCAUCAAACUUCCAUGUGGUCUAAACACCCCAGUCCUUAACUCAGUCAUUGAUAUGUAUCUUAAAUGUGGGUUUAUAAAUGAAGCCGAAAGACUCUUUGGUGAUAUGCAGCGAAGAAGUGUAAUCACUUGGACGACAAUGAUAACAGGCUAUGGGAAGUACGGAAUCGGAAGAAAAGCAGUUGAGCUCUUCAAAAGAAUGGAUUUUGAACCUGAUGGGGUUACUUACCUUGCUUUACUCACUGCAUGCAGUCAUUCAGGACUAAUUGAAGAAAGCCAAAGAUACUUUUCGAGAUUGUGCAAGGAACCCAAGGUAAAACCUCAGCUGGAGCACUAUAGCUGCAUGGUUGAUGCUCUGGGUCGGGCUGGGCGGUUAAUUGAAGCCAAGAAUCAUAUUGAGAAUAAUGUAUCACUAAAAUCAAAUCCAGAGAUUUGGAAGACACUCCUAAGUGCAUGUAGAACACACAAGAAUGUGGAUUUAGGAGCAGAAGUAGGUGAUAUUUUAUUAAGAUUGGAGGGUGAUAACCCAUCAAACUAUGUCAUGCUAUCUAACCUAUAUGCAGAUAUCAACAACUGGAAACAGAGUGAAAACCUCAGGUUUCAGGCAAAAGCGAAAGGGCUAAAGAAGGAAGCAGGACAGAGCUGGGUAGAGAUCAAGAAAAAGAUGCACUUUUUCUACAACAGAGACGAGAGACAUCCCCUGACCGAAUCAAUCCACAAGAUUCUGAAAGAGAUGGAGAGAAGAAUGAAGGCAGAGCUGGGGUAUGCACACACGGUGAGCUUAUCGUUGCACGAUGUGGAAGAUGAAUCAAGGGAGGAAAGCUUGAUGUUUCACAGUGAGAAACUAGCAAUCGGGCUGGCAUUGAUUCAUGAUAAUGAGAGUGGGAUUAAUGAGGCAGAACCGGUUCGUGUGUUCAAGAACCUUAGGGUUUGUGGGGAUUGCCAUGAGUUCAUCAAGGGAUUGUCCAAGAUUCUAAAGAAAAAAGUUUUUCUGGUAAGAGAUGCUAAUAGAUUCCACAAGUUUGAGAAUGGUGAUUGCUCCUGUGGUGACUAUUGGUGAUAGUAAUUGCACAAAGACUUCAGAAAUGUGUGAUUUUUCAGGCUUGUUGUUUUUACUUAGCUUUUCACAAUACAUUUUGGUGCCGAAGUUGAUGUAAAUUAAAGAAUUUUAUGGGUGAACCUUUGAAAAUGCUGAUGAAAUUAUGAAGAAAUUAAUAUUUUUCCACAUGUACAGGCUAUUUAGGUGGUGGAUAUCUUGGCAACUAAAGGAUGUGAAAUGAUACUAUCAUAGUCAAAGUGUUAUAGGCUUGAACUGUCAUAAGUUUAUGUUGGACACUAUCUUCUCCGAACAUAUCGGGAUCUUGUCGUCUCUGCGUCCACUACUGUCGGAGAUAUCACGGACGAUCAUGUGCAUCCUGCUCUCACUUAUUACUUGAACCUGAUCCCCAAUUCCAUUGAAUUUCACAGUCUGACUGCCAGAAAGUCCUGGAAAAUAGUGCCUGAUGUUUGGUCUGGAUCUCACAUCUCAACACUUGCCAGAGUGAUUUCAUCGAUCGACCAUCACUACCACAGUGAGACACCUGAAUAAUUCAUCGUGAAUCGUCUCCCCAGCCAAAUCCAAAUUUCGCAGAUUUCAAAUCGGAGUGGAGUAGUGUAGCCAAAUCUGUUGGACUUGGAUGUGCGUUGCAAGAUGAGAAGGGGAGAUUUCACUUUGCUUGUCUUCUCAAUUUUGUUCUACUUCAAAAUAUACGCUCUGUCUCGUCUAAAUUCGUGAGGAUUGAAAAGACGAAGGAUCAGGUUUAUGGUUAGGAGCUAACUUUGGUGACCGUCGAGUUCCUUCAGUCACGGCGUGCUACCUGGAAGCAUGGUCACCGCUGCUUGGGCUGUCUUCAUAUUGCCUCCUCAUCCUUGUCUCAAGCACCAGGUUCUGUCGGGAGCUUCCUCCCGGCCUUGGAGGGGUUUUCUCCACUGUAGCGUUCUCAGCUGAUGCAUUCUUCUGCACUGCAGUUUCCUUUGUGCUUUGGCUUUCAUUCUAUAUAAUACUUUUCCAGGUGUGAGAGAUGACUGGAAGUUGAGAUGCCGGCCAAUUGCUUUACUUCCAGAGAUGUGCCUCAGAUAGCUUUGCUGGAGGUGAUGAAAUUCAUCUUAUAUCCUCCCUAUCCAUCAUCCUACAAAGUCAAUCAUAUAUGUUGUUAUCGACAAUUUGUAGAGUACUAAAUCACAAGUCUAUUGCACAACUUGCUUAUUAUCUAGGGAAAAAGUUACUCUAAUCUUGGUAAUCAGAUUACUAAAUAAUUUCUAAGAUAAAUAAUUUUUGUUCUACAUCCAUCUGCUGAAGUUUAGCCUUUGUGUUCAUUAAUUCCUUUUACCUAAUGAUUGAUUAAGCUAUAGGUCUGUGUUGAUUUUCUUGUCUAGCUUUGCUUGCUUUAGAUAAUAUUCAAAGUCACUGGUUGCAAUUGGAUAGCUCCUUCUUGGCCUGGGAAUCAGUCAUAAAGAUGUGGAGGACAUAAGUGGUUGGCUAUUCGGUACAUAUUAUGGGAAUAUAAAGUUUAUGACUUAGCUUAUUGUUGUAUAUCAUGUGAGGAUCUUUACAUCCUCUUAUUUCUUUUUGCAGACUCAAACUGAAAGUUUGAAUGACGUUAUUAUCAAUUAUGCAAUGAAAAGCUGGCUCUACUUUUCACUGCUUUCAUUGCUUCUCUUCUCUUCUAUUUGAUUCAUGCUAUUUGUGCGUAUUUAUUCUAAUGCUUUUAUACUUGGACGCCAUCACUGCUGGAAUCAAAUAUCUUCCACAAAGACGAGAAUGGCGUCUGGUUGGGGAAUCUCGGGAAACAAAGGCCGCUGCUAUGAUAAAUGGAUUUCAGUGAAUGUCUGUCGACUUACCUGGAGCCUAAGGACUGCGUUCUUCUCCUAGAAGACUAUCUCGAGUGUCUCCAUCACUCCAAAGAGUUUCUACGUAGGAAUAGGGUAUACAAGGAAGAGCACGUCAACUAAGAGCAGCUGCUCAAAAGGGAAAAGAAGUUGAAAAGGAUGUUAAAUCUCCAUUGAUUGUAAAAUUUUUCCUGUAUGGAUAUCUGGUUUUUGCCCAUUUGAAAGCAAGUUGAAGUGGAUGCUUUCAGAAUAAAAGGGUCACUUGGUAAUUCAAUUGUUGUACUAUUUCACAGAAUGGUAAAAGCAUUGCAAGAUUGUAUGGUAAAACACCAUCUACUAUGUGCCACUUGGUGUGUGGGCAUCUGUUUUAAAAAAAUAUAAUGCUUUUAUACGUUGUUUUUUGUUC